UUGUGUUUUAACUGUAUUAUUAAAGGCAGAAGCCAAGCAGCAGAGUGGUCCUACUCGAGCGUCGCCACUCGUCUUUCUACAACAUCAUCAUCAUUCUGACGACGACGACGACAACCAUUACGGCGACAUCGAGAAUGAAGUACAGCAGCAGCAUUGGAAGCACGGAUUCUCAACGGUAGACAAAGCGAGGGAAGAAAAGGAACAAAGCAAUUCCAAUCUCACUGCGACGAAACUCGGUCGCUCUUCAACAGCUUUGUCUUCUCCACCCCCCUCACGCCUGCCCCUCAUCACAGUCUCCUCUCUCGUGCAGAGAAACACGACCAACUUGAGCAGUGCGAAUCCUUCAUCAUCACCCACAAACUUAUCAUCUCCAGAAGAGGAGGAGGAGGAGGAGAGCUUCAUCUGGUCCUCGAACAGCAGCAGCAGUGGUGCUGGGAGCAGUACGCUGAGUGGAGACACGGACUUGGAGUCUGAGGAGUUUUUGGCUCUCGAGUGUCAGAAGGUCAACACUGCCCUUGUGAGCCGAGGAGGAGAAGGCGGAGGCGACUCCUUGACACUAGAAGAGCAGGGAGACGAAGAAGCAGCGAAUACUAACAAGACCGGGAGCAUUAGAGAACUUGUUCCACUGAAGCGUGUGAAAGAAUCCCAAGCAAAUUCCAGCAGGCUGCCCACUUUCACCCCAGUGCAAAAACAGAGGCUGAAGAAGCUGAGGAAAAAAAUGUUUCGGAAACUCAACUGUGGCAGAUGUACGGAUGCCGUUCGAGGAUGCUGCCACGAGGAUGACAAUGUUCCCAACGAUGAGCGGACGAAUGGUGUGAAGAUCCUCCGCAAGAAAGACUCGCCGGUGGACCUGAGCACGGAACUCACCGCCGUCACGAACCGAGCUGUAAUCGCAAGGCUGAAACUGAUCCUCGAGAAGUUGGACAAUGGGCAACACGAGGCCAUCUCACCUGAAGUGCUUCGGAGAAACAUUCUCUACGCUGUGACAGUCAUCCAGGGCGGCGAUCCUGUUCUCGACAGGAGGUCAUCGUCAGAGGAGGCUGAGAACGACACUCUAGCCCCCCUGCCCAUUCUAACCGUUCAGCCCCCACCACCCACCUCACCUUCAGAACAAGAACAUCCGCCAGAACCACUUCUUCUCCUUAACCCCGACUCGCCACCAUCAACAGACCAUGACAGUGACACACUACAAGAACAACAACCACUCCUCGUGGUGGACACUGCGGGGUCCAACAGGAAGGAGGAGUCGGACAACGAGCUCUCGGAGGUGGACGAGGAAGUCAUUCCAGAAGAAGUUCGCAAAUGGUUGGCUGCAACUUUCACCAAAAGCGUGGUAGCCAAGCCUCGGACAGAACCAAGACCCAGAUUUCGCUCGGUGGCAAACGCAAUCCGCGUCGGACUCUUCGUCGAUCGGUUUUACCGACAACUUUCCUCCAAUGCACUGGAAAUCCCUGCCGAACUUCAGCAACUGCUCAAGGAAAUCAACAAUUGGCAUUUCGACAUUUUCAAACUGCAGGACAAGUCGAACGGCCAUUCUCUCAAGUUUGUCGCCAAAGAGCUCUUCAGUCGUUAUGGCCUCGUCAGCCGAUUCCGCGUAAACCUCGACAAGUUGGACGGCUGGCUGUCUGCCGUGGAAUACGGAUACACGAAACUGAAGAAUCCAUACCACAACGACAUCCAUGCUGCCGACGUUACACAAACGCUCCACUACUUUAUCGGCUCUUCCGGAAUUGCGAAUAAUCUCACCGACCUGGAAAUUUUUGCUCUUCUCUUCGCCGCCCUAAUUCACGACCUGGAGCACACAGGUCGCACGAAUAAUUUCCACGUGAAUACACAAACAGACCUCGCUCUUUUAUACAACGAUAGAUCCGUGCUUGAAAAUCACCAUGUUAGUGCCGCCUUUAGAUUACUCAAGGAAGAUGACAAAAGUAUAUUGGCCAACCUGAAACCAGAGGAAUUUCGAGAGUUCCGGAGUUUGGUCAUCGAAAUGGUGCUCUUUACCGACAUGUCCACUCACUUCGCACAAAUUAAGCACGUCCGGUCUCUCCUCAAUGGAGUUUCUGACAAAUCGUCCCCUUCCGUUACAAUGUCCCUCAUGUCGCUGCUUCUCCACGCGGCGGACAUCAGCCAUCCCGGUAAACCCUGGCGAAUGCACAAGAAAUUCGCAGACACCAUUUUGGACGAAUUUUUCCUGCAAGGGGACGAAGAAGCCAAAUUGGGACUGCCCUUCAGUCCCCUCUGCGACCGAAACACGGUUCUCAUCCCCGAGUCUCAAAUCAGUUUUAUUGAGUUCAUCGUGGAGCCAAGCUUGAGCAUUUUGAGUGAUUUGAUUGACUUUUUCCUCAAAUCGGACGAGGGACCAGUCUCCUCCGCUCACCCGGGCGGAUCCUCCACCGUUCCCCCCACGCCCAACCCCAACUUUCGGGCUGCUGGGGGCAAGAUUCCUCCCACCACCAAGACGCCCGCCAAACCAUUCCAAACCUCCUCCAACUCGACGACGACGAGGCGGACGGAGUCUGAGAACAACAUCAAGAUGGACAGCUCCUCCGCCGCCACCGCCGCAUCGUCCUCUUCCUCCUGUACCAAGUUGCCGCUCAGCUCCCGAACGCCCAGCUUCCCCCUCCAAGGCGGCCCCAACCAUAACUAUGGCCCAAUUCUGCGACCUUGGCUCAACCACCUCGUGGAGAACAAAGCAAAGUGGAGGAUGAUUGCUGCAGAAAAUGCCAAAUCCAAAAGCUCCCCAUCGACGGAAGAACCACCGGCGACGGAGGAAUGCUGAAACUGGAGCACUCCACGCGUUGAAACCUAUUUGUGACCUUCCUGCAACAACGUGUCGUUACAAUCAACUAAUUCACACAAUAAGCUGUAGGACAAGAAGCGUAAUGUUAAGGGCACCCGGACGGGACUUGAGUGUCACACAAAGCUGCACACAGAAACCAAGCAAUGAAUGCAAAUGUUGACGAAUACCUUUUAAGCAGAUCUACAUAUGUAUUUUAGUGUGUGUACUAUAGCGAAUCGAUAUUAGAGAAAGCAAUGUUUAACUGCGUAUUAUCAUGCAGGGAAGAAAAUAUAAAUGAAAAGGUUUAUUCAAAUGCAAUGGAGUAUAUAAUAAUUAGAAAGUAUUCACUACAUACAUACGUAUGCAAAUAUAUUAUCUGUAGUUAGUUAAAGUACGCACGUGUAGAAGAGGAUGUCGUUGAGUCUGACUGGAUGGCGUAUGUUGAUUGGUAAGAGUGUCAAAUACCUUAAUACGUCGAUAUGCGUGUGAUUCAACAUGUUCGUCAGAUGGAUGAAAAAGUUACCAAUUUGUGAUAGGAUUGCAAAGAACUAGAAAUAUUACACGACUCGCAGAAUGCCUGCAUUGCAAUCCCCUUAUGAAACGAAACCAAGAAACACAUUUCCAAACCUUCUUGUCCUAAAUAUGGAUACCCAUUUCUUAAUUCUGAUUAUGUGUACUCGAAUUUGAAUCCAAUUUAUAUCGUGUAAUCUCAAUUUCAAUACAUUUCCCAGUUUUAUUACUAUUGAAAAUAGACCAAAGUUAUCCAUAUGCCUGUCUGCAUAUAUGUAGGUUGACUCGAGAAAUUAACCUUUUUUCACCACUAUGUAGUAUUGGUCCACUACCAAAUUUUAACCCUUUUUUCAAUCGCAGUUCGUUGGUCGUUGGGUAGCGAACUGCGGUACUGAUGCCAAGAAGCUUAUCCACAAACAAAGGAAACCUAAACGUAUCAAUAUCGACUUAUUCUCCUAGCUUUAUCCCUUUUUGGAGCAAACUGACUCUAUACAAAAACAAGUCCUUCAAAAAUUAACAGGGCACCAAUCACAAUAUUUCCUACGUAGGUCUCAAUCUGAUAUAAUCUAUGUGCAGAUACAGUACAACUCUACCUUUUCCACAUAUUUAUGAGAGAGCUCUUACGACAUACACAAGUGUGAAUCUUAAUUCUUGUCGCAAUUCCAAAGAUGACAAUUAUUAGCAUAAAUGCGGACUUAGGAUGUAUUUUCAUUGAAUGGCAAGCAAAACCCACGUAGUUUGCCCAUUUAGCUGACCUCUUCGUACCAUAGAAGCAUAUAUAAUCGACGGGUGGAUUAUUUAUCCAGUCAUAAUUGCUAAGAACAAACAAACAAAUAAAUAAAUCACUACCCACUACUUACAAGCAGCUAAGUAAUAAAUAUAACUACAGAAUUAACGGAGUAUUGUUAAAUGUGGAUAAUUUUGUUAGUUAUAUGUAUGUACAACUAGUGCAAUAUGGAUGAACCUGAGUGAUACCUGUUCCGAACGCAUAAGAUGUAAAUAAAUAUUAUUAAAUUAUAAACACCGUUGGAAAGUUAUCUUUCGAAUAAAAAACCGACGUUACACAGCCA